GUGAUGGUUUAUGCAUGAAUGGUGGAGUAUGCAACGUCAACAGAUUCUAUGUUGAGUCUUGUUCGUGUCCUGAUGGAUACAGUGGAGAAGUGUGUAGCAACAAGGAUGAUUUUUCAACUUUAGUGAUUAUCGCUAUAGUUCUUGGAGCUGUUGGAGCAUUGAUAUUUGUAAUUUUACUGGUAGUUAUUGUUUGUAUAAUGAUCCCAAGUCAGAGAACUAAUCCAGUGUAUGAUAACCGCAAUGUACGUACAAGAGGACAACCUUAUAAACCUAGAGGGAAGUCAAACCGUCAAAGUGAAAUGAUGUACAGUAGAUCAUAUUUUGACCAAGACCAACAGCAUUUUUCAAUUCCAUACAUAGUUACAGGAGAUGAAGAACAGUCAAUUUCCUCCUCAAGGUCUGAAUCCUUUGAAGACCAGAGACGUUACCUACAACCUAAUUAUUUUUAGAUUUAAGUUGUUGAUAUUAGCAGGGAACAGUGAAAUUACGAUAACCACAGCGAGGUGCGCAACUCUAGACUAAACGGAAAAAGCAUUCGCAGCAAACGUCCAUGCUAGGUCGCCUGUAAUGCCCAGAGCCUCCUAACAGUAGGGCGUACAGGUACUAGGCAAUAUAGGGCUAGGCUACCUGAUCGUGACUGACAGGUGUACACGUUUACGUUCACCGUCUUUGUACAGUAUUAGUAUAUAUGUAUUGUACAGUAUAUCUAGGCCCGAAUCCAUGUCAAACUGUAGAUUUGCUGUUUGAUUAGUAUUUUAAAAUAGAAUAUAGACCGUUCGCCAUCGAGCAUUUUGCAAAAUAUUAAACAAUCGUCGCGAUGUAGGCCUAGGCCUAGUCCACAUUUAAUUGUUUCUGUAUAACUUAGGUGGUUUAAUUUAACUGUUCCCUGGAAAUCAUGGUAUGACACGACGUCGAUCAUAACGAGAACACGAUAGCGAGCAUGCGCAAAGCAAUUGUAAUUAGUUACAAAUUGUUUAUCAGUUGAUUAUGAUAAGAACGGCGGUACCGCGGGUUAUAACCUUUGAUGUUCGGUUCGAGAGGUUUCCAUGUAAUUUCACUGUUCCCUGAUAUUAGUAAACAAUUGCCAUCAUGAGUUAUGUUCAAGUUUUUACAAAAUAACAAUUUGAAUCACAAAACUAUAUUGUAUACAUAUAUAUAUAUAUAUAUGUGUGUGUACAUUUUUCAAGUAAAGAUGACGGCAACAUUUUAUUAAUAAUUAAGCUUACAAUCUGAAUCAUAUUUUGGUAUCAUUGUUUAUCUGAACUCUAUUAAUGAUAAUUCUAUUAAUGAUAAUUCUUAGAAAAUAAUAAAUGAUCAUGUUUUUAGUAAAUUUUAUGUAUUUGUCAUUCUCUAAAUAUAUUAAUACUAUUUUAUAGGUGGGCUAUGUAUUCUAUUAAUAAAUUUUAUUGCAAAGCAAUUGUAAUUAGUUGCAAAUUGUUUAUCAGUGAUUAUAAUAAGAACGGCGAUACCGCGGGUUAUAACCUUUGAUGUUCGGUUCGAGAGGUUUCCAUGUAAUUUCACUGUUCCCUGAUAUUAGUAAACAAUUGCCACCAUGAGUUAUGUUCAAGUUUUUACAAAAUAACAAUUUGAAUCACAAAACUAUAUUGUAUACAUAUAUAUAUAUAUAUAUGUGUGUGUACAUUUUUCAAGUAAAGAUGAUGGCAACAUUUCAUUAAUAAUUAAGCUUACAAUCUGAAUCAUAUUUUGGUAUCAUUGUUUAUCUGAACUCUAUUAAUGAUAAUUCUAUUAAUGAUAAUUCUUAGAAAAUAAUAAAUGAUCAUGUUUUUAGUAAAUUUUAUGUAGUUGUAUUUCUCUAAAGAUAUUAAUACUAUUUUAUAGGUGGGCUAUGUAUUCUAUUAAUAAAUUUUAUUUACCGUGUUUAUAUAUUUGGUAUAGAGAAUUCUUUUAAUUAUGGGAGUCACAAAUAUCAUUCAGUUACUUUUAUUAGUUUACAGUGAUUUCAAUGACUAGGAUGCCGAAGAUUAGAUGGCUUAUGCAUUUCAUGUGAUUCACAUAAAGAACACCCCCAUGUUCUGCCUUCUGAGCCAGAUUAUAUUCAUUAUACAUCCUACUGUCUUAUUUUAAAUUUUGUAUGUUUUUUUUUUAAUUUGUAUUGUUUACUGUAGUAGGCUCAGGCUGUAUUAAUUAAAUAUAGAAUAUUCAUGAAUGUACAGUAUUGUGAUUUAAAACAUAGAAAAUAAAGAAUUCUUUUACCCACAAUUUUCUGACAGUUUUAAUUCGAUGUAGUUGCUGUGGGUCUCCAUGGGUAUCCCAAUUACUGUUACUGUUUGUUGGUAAUGAAAACUGUAUUGUGCAGGGUUAGUAAUUUCUGUAAGGUUUUCAGUAAUAUAAAUAGAAUGGAAAAACCAUGUGACUUAAAUUGUGUAAAUGAGCCAAUAAAAAUAUUGGGAAUAUACUUGGUAUACAAUAAAAAGGAAUGAAAAAUUAAGUUGGGAUAAUAAGCUAAUUAAUUUAGAAACAGGAGGAUCCUGUAGUCGGGUGAC